UCUAUCUGUAGUGUGAUUGAGUUUUUUUAGCGAUUUCAUAUUUAAUUUGUAAUAAGUAAAAUUGAUAAUUAUGUUUUAAAUUACUAUAAAUCAUCAUCAUCGAUCCUUAUUUUAUACAGUCACGUAGUAUUUACAUGAAAAGUGGCUCAGGCGAUGUUACUAUACCUGUUUACAUGAACGGAAGAUUGCACUGAAAAUGGAGGCCUCCAAUAACACAGACGCCGUAAACCUUGGAGUUGGUGAAGUAGAGGCCGAAAUAGGAGAAGAACUUAAACAGUUGGAAGAAGGUAAAGACUAUGACACGAGAAGUGAAGUGUCCAGCUCGUCUUCAAGUGAUUCGAGUACUCCCAGUAUCAGUUCAGUUAGCACCAAAUCUAAAGAAAGACGCGCUAACCGUAAACGUACCAAGUCUGAAAGUCGCUCUCCCGUUCAAAAUAAGAGGAGAUGUAUUUCGAGCACGACUAACAAAACAAAGACUUACGAUUACAUGACCAAACUAAAUUAUUUAUUUAGAGACACACGAUUUUUCCUGAUUAAAUCUAACAAUGCAGAGAAUAUAACUCUGUCCAAAGCUAAAGGCGUAUGGUCUACUUUACCCCAAAAUGAAGCAAAUUUAAACCAGGCUUACAGAGAAUCAAGAAAUGUACUAUUGAUAUUUUCCGUGAAGGAAAGUGGUAAAUUCGCCGGGUUUGCUCGCCUGGGCAGCGAGUCGAGGCGUGACGUACCUCCGAUAUCGUGGGUGCUGCCACCCGGACUCUCGGCUAAAGUGUUGGACGGAGUUUUUAAAGUAGAUUGGAUAUGCCGUAAAGAAUUGCCUUUCAGUAGCACACUUCAUUUAUAUAAUCCAUGGAAUGAAGGAAAACCAGUAAAAAUUGGCAGAGAUGGACAAGAAAUUGAACCAAAAGUAGCUGAGGAACUGUGUAGAUUGUUCCCUGAAGAUGAAGGUAUUGAAAUGACUCCUAUAUUGAGAAAAUCAAAGGAAGCCUCAAAGAAGGGUUACAUGAAAAGUGGAGGGAGUUACAGAACAUAUCGAGCUCCACUUUCGUCUAGGGGUUCCAAUUUCAGAAACAGGUUAUCUACAUCGUCAAGAAGUGGCAGAAGAAAAAUUUUCAUGUCCCCCAGGAGUAGAUUAUCAUCUAGCUCAUACAAGAGGAGAUCACCUUCUCCAUAUGUGAGAGAUCGCUUACCAGCAUGGUUCAACCGCAGUCGAGAAGGUUAUGGCAGCAGUGGUUCUGCAGCGGCAGAAGCUUAUGUUGCAGAAUAUAUGCGUUCCAUGCACCACCAACUGCCACCACUACCAUAUGUCCCUCCUCCGGGGUUCAGCGGCGCCCUGUCGCCAUAUGACGGGCUGCCGCCGCCUCCUCCGCCGCCACCGCCUCGCUAUUACGAUUUAUCUGAUUAUCCGCGUUCAGUGCUCGUUUAUGACAAAAGAUCGUAUGAACGGUCAGUAGAUGAGUUCCUGUGGCGUACUUCAGAUCGUUCUCGUGGCCGCAGUCGUGAGCGUGAAUCACACAGAUCUUAUAGAGAGCGACGAUAAAACUAAUUGACCACCGAUGUAUUGAUUAUUUGGUAAUUGCUAAUAUUAAUAAAAAAAUGUGUUUGAACUUUGAACUUUAUUGAGUUGAAAGUUGUAGUGUUGUGACGAACCUUUAUAUUGGAACUAUCAGUAUUAAUUUGGACAGUUUAGUUUUGUUAGGUUUUAAUUAAUGGAACAAUAUCAACAAGUUUCAAGUGCAAUUGAAGUGACAAAGUAGGCUGAUAAUAAUGAGAUUGGAAGAAAUCUCACACCUACUAAGAGACUUAUUUCCAUGGAGCAGUGUGUGGUCUAUGUCAUCCUUGUGAUUGGAAAUAGCAUACUUUGACUUUAUUCAAAUUGCUUUAUUGUUAGGAAAAAUGUAACAUAAACCAAAUAAUUGGAAUUUUUCUACCAAUGAGUCAAUUGGUUUAUGGUACAUUGAUAUCAACUAAAACAACAAAUAUGGUUGUGUAUAAAAUCUGUGAUAUUUCCACCUAUUUUGAUAAAUAUACUUACACAAAAUUUUAACACUUAGGCCAAAGAAAAUCUUAAGAGUUUGCAUUUAUUCAGUGACUGUUUUAAUGAUAUUGUGGAUAUUACAACAAUCAAUCAAUACUAUAUAGUAGUAUUUAUACA